AUGCGUCUCCUCAUUUUCACCCUUCUAGCCGAGUUUUCUGUCCUAGCGAGAUGUGAUGAAUGCGUGGACAAUCUCAUAUCAUGCCACCAGAUAUCAGACCAAUGUGAUGAUUCGUUUACUAAAUUGCAAGUUUUCCAGUUUCGUUCUUGUGACAAAUCAUUUUUAGCGAAAAAAAAAAAGUACACUUGCGGGUUGUGCAAGAAGGAUCCAAAUGUGUGCAGUGAUACGUGUACUGUGUGUCCGAUGGAUAUGUCACCAUGUGAAACAGAUCAGUAUCAGAAAAUUUGCCCGAAAACCUGCAAUGUCUGUCCGCCAGCAAUCUGCGUGGACCAAUGGGACAACUGUCCGUUCUUCAAGUUAAUCAACCAAUGCACUUGAUUUCACAAGGUAAAUUGCCCUCUGAGUUGCGGACUUUGUACCGGCAAUGUCACUACUCCAGCGACUACAACUAGUACUACGACUCCAGUUCCUUUAACAACGACAAUAGAGUGCAAGGAUUCCUUGUUAAGGUGCUCAGAAAUGGCUAAAAAAGGAUUUUGCACCAACCCAGCCUACAAACCGGAAGACAAAAAGCGACUUUGUGGAAAGACGUGCCGAUUGUGUUAA